AUGGACGACCUUACCUCCCUCGAAGUUCUAUCCCUCGUCUCAAAAGUCACCUCUGAACUGCAAAAUCAUCUGGGAAUCAACGACAAAACCCUCGCAGAAUUUGUGAUAGAUCAACAUUCAAAAUGCGCUUCGCUCUCCGAUUUCAAGAGCACCCUCGAGGGUAUGGGCGCCGAGUUUCCGCAAAGUCUGAUCGAGAGCGUCGACCGUUUAAUCCUGACUAUGCAUCCAAAAUACAAAGAGUCGCAGAAACAGAACGGGCUUGCUAAAAAUGGGUCGAGCGGAGAAGAUGUGGAUGAAACGGAUCGCAAGGCCAGAAUCUUCAAGGGGCUUGCUGUGCCGGACCGCCAGCAAAGCUGGGAGGAUGCUGAUUGGCCCAAGGCAACGACCUCGAAGCCGGUAGUUGACACACAACCAUUGGAUGACACAUUUGCGCUGCUUGAAGGGCUCGCAAAAAAGGCGAAGCCAACCCAUAAUGGCUCUAACGGCCGCAAGAGAAGCCGAAGUCCGGAUUUUCAUGAAUAUGAUCCGGACAGAAAGCCCAGGCCGCGUUAUUGGUCGGGAUCGCCUUCUUCUGACAAUGAGAAGCGAUCACGGCAUUCAAAGGUGGAUGAAUUUGGCCGCUCAAUCAACGGCUCUUAUCGAACAGAUGGUCAUCGCCGUAGCAGGCGGCGGGACCAUGAUGAAUAUGACAGCGGCUUAAGACGGCCACCCACACCAGAAGUGGACGACCAGCCGAUCCUCUACAAAGUCUACGAUGGUGUCGUUACUGGACUCAAAGACUUUGGGGCAUUUGUCAACCUACGUGGGGUCAAGGGCAAGGUGGAUGGCCUGGUUCAUGUAUCCGCAAUGCAGGACGGUGCUCGUGUCAAUCAUCCAGGCGACCUCUUAUCUCGAGGGCAGCCUGUCAAAGUCAAGGUCUCCAAGAUCGAAGGAAGUAGGAUAGGAUUGAGUAUGAAGGAAGUCGACCAAGUCACAGGACGGGAUCUCAUGCCACAAAGAAGGAUUGCGUCCGGAGCCAAUAUGGAACGAUUAGAUGGGAGGCCAGAUGAGGACCCCUAUGGAAGCCUUAGUAGCAGUGUGCCCGUCAUUGAAGGAGACAUGAAUGGCAGAAAGAUGAAAAAUAAAAAAAGGAUGACUUCGCCGGAAAGAUGGGAGAUCAAACAGCUGAUAGCAUCUGGAGCCAUUUCUGCUCAGGAGUACCCAGACAUCGACGAAGACUACAACGCGACACUGAAUGGGGAAGGUGACUUCGAGGAAGAAGAGGACAUUGACAUCGAAGUUCGAGACGAAGAGCCACCUUUCUUGGCUGGUCAAACGAAACAAUCACUAGAACUGUCGCCCAUCCGAAUCGUGAAAGCCCCUGAUGGGUCACUGAAUCGAGCCGCGAUGUCUGGUACCAAUCUAGCCAAAGAACGUCGUGACCUGAAGCAGCAGGAGGCAGCGGACCAAGCAGCAGAGCAAGCAGGCCAGGUGGAUCUGAAUGCGCAAUGGAACGAUCCCAUGAUUGCUCCAGAGCAGCGGAAGCUCGCUUCUGAAUUGCGGAGUGCAAAGCCGUCGCAACCUACCGAGUCUGUGCCUGAAUGGAAACGCAUCACCCAAAGCAAGGAUCAGUCUUUUGGCAAACGAAGUAAUAUGACGAUUAAGCAGCAGAGGGAAAGUUUGCCUGUAUUCAGAUUCCGAAAGCAGCUUCUUGAAGCAAUUGACCAAAAUCAGCUCCUCAUUGUAGUUGGUGAUACAGGAUCCGGCAAGACCACCCAGCUGACCCAAUACCUGGCUGAAGCCGGUUAUGCCAAUGAUGGUCUCAUCGGCUGUACACAGCCACGUCGUGUUGCUGCUAUGUCAGUCGCCAAACGGGUCUCGGAAGAGGUUGGCUGUCAAUUAGGCAAAGAAGUUGGGUACACUAUCCGAUUUGAGGACUGUACAUCGCCGGAAACAAGAAUCAAGUACAUGACUGACGGUAUGCUUCAAAGAGAGAUACUGCUGGACCCGGACUUGAAGCGGUAUACCGUCAUUAUGUUGGAUGAAGCCCAUGAACGUACUAUUGCCACAGACGUCCUGUUUGGUCUUCUCAAGAAGACUUUGAAGCGACGACCAGAUCUGAAAUUGAUUGUCACAUCAGCAACGCUUGACGCUGACAAAUUUUCAGAGUACUUUUACAAAUGUCCCAUCUUUUCGAUUCCAGGUCGCACAUUUCCAGUUGAGAUAAUGUACUCGAGAGAACCAGAAUCAGACUACCUCGAUGCUGCGCUUGUUACUGUUAUGCAGAUACACCUGACAGAGCCACCUGGAGAUAUUUUACUUUUCUUGACAGGUAGGGACGAAAUUGACACGAGCUGCGAAAUCCUGUAUGAAAGGAUGAAAGCGCUCGGCCCAAGCGUGCCGGAGUUGAUCAUCCUCCCUGUCUACUCCGCCUUACCGAGCGAGAUGCAAAGUCGAAUAUUCGACCCUGCUCCACCAGGAAGCAGAAAGGUCGUCAUUGCUACCAACAUCGCAGAGACGUCCAUCACUAUCGAUCAGAUCUACUAUGUCAUUGAUCCUGGUUUCGUCAAGCAGAAUGCCUAUGAUCCAAAGCUGGGCAUGGACUCGCUAGUUGUGACACCUAUCUCUCAAGCACAAGCGAAGCAGCGUUCAGGUCGAGCUGGAAGAACAGGACCUGGGAAAUGUUUCCGUCUGUAUACAGAAGCCGCCUAUCAAUCUGAAAUGCUACCCACCUCUAUUCCUGAAAUUCAAAGACAGAAUCUCUCGCACACCAUCCUCAUGCUCAAGGCUAUGGGCAUAAACGACCUGCUACACUUCGAUUUUAUGGACCCACCACCCACCAAUACCAUGCUUACAGCCCUGGAAGAGCUCUACGCAUUGUCUGCGCUCGAUGACGAAGGACUACUAACAAGGCUCGGGCGUAAAAUGGCCGAUUUCCCUAUGGAGCCCGCACUUGCGAAAGUGCUGAUAGCCAGCGUGGAAAUGGGCUGCUCAGAAGAAAUCCUGUCCAUAGUGGCGAUGUUAAAUGUGCAAACCGUCUUCUACAGACCCAAAGACAAGCAACAGCAAGCCGAUCAGAAGAAAAGCAAGUUCCACGACCCGCAUGGCGACCAUCUUACCCUACUGAACGUCUAUAACGGAUGGAAGCAAUCCCGAUUCUCGAAUCCAUGGUGUCAUGAGAAUUUCAUCCAAGCACGGCAGAUGCGCCGCGCUCAAGAUGUCCGGUCGCAGCUUGUCGGCAUCAUGGAGCGAUAUCGCCAUCAGAUCAUCUCAUGUGGUCGCAACACCAUGAAGGUACGACAAGCAGUCUGUUCCGGAUACUUCAAGAACAGUGCUCGAAAGGAUCCACAGGAAGGGUACAAAACCUUGAUCGAAGGCACGCCAGUCUACAUGCAUCCAUCGAGUGCCUUGUUUGGGAAACCUGCUGAGCAUGUGAUUUUCCAUUCGCUGGUGCUUACAACCAAGGAAUACAUGCAGUGCACGACGGCCAUCGAACCAAAGUGGCUCGUCGAAGCAGCACCCAAUUUCUUCAAGGUCGCCCCGACAGACCGCCUCUCGAAACGGAAGAAAGCCGAGCGCAUCCAGCCGCUGCAUAAUAAAUUCGCGGCCAGCGAGGAUGACUGGCGACUCAGUGCCCAGAAGAGGCAAGGUAGAGGUGGUGGUGGGGGCACUUGGGGUUGA